AUGACCGACUACUCCCAUCUAAGCCUGGACCUGGUCUCUGAGCAUGACCCCGACCUCCCACAUGGCGAAGACGAUCAUGAUCCAAUCAGUCGUAACGUCCAUCUCGGAAACACCCUCUCCCUUAUGAAAGCUGUCGUUGAACUCAAGUUUCUCCAGACUACGACAGCCAUCCUGCGAAUAGGCAGAUCCAACUCAGGACCAAACCCAAAUCUUCGCCGUGCUAUCGGCCGCAGAGAGCAGCGCAUUGCAUACAUCGUUAAUGCCAUGACCAAGGACGAAUUUGAGAAAAUUUCAGAGAGUCUUACGCCGCGAGCUCUCGGCCAGUCGAAUCUCAGCCCGUCUGAAAUAUUAGAGGCGCACACACCUACGAAACAGAUCUCACAGGGCGACGAGAGAUAUUUACGUGUCUCGCCCAGCUCUUCUACGGCCAGGCCGAAGCAUGGCGGUCUGUUUGGUCAAGACACAGGCGCAACGGCGGUAGUAGAUGGGAAUGUGGACAAUAGGAUGGGUUGUGGAACCGGCGCCGAAAAUGGGAAAGAGUCCCCCGAGCUCUCUUCACCCCACCCAGCGCGCGUUAGCGACUCGAUCUACUCAUCGAUAGGAAGGAGUCUCUCCGUGAGUAAUGUUCAAUCGGUCUCAUCGGGUCCCCGACAGUGCAAGGUGGUUCCGGCUGCUCAGUAUAAAAAGAUCGUCUCAGAGAAGGAACCGCAGUUCAGCUUCGUCAGCCAGCCCUGGUCGAUUGACUCCUUGGUCGCAGAGAGUUCUCGCAUUGAUCGCUCAGCGCUCGAGAUCAGCGAACAUCCCAACGAACAUAUCAAUGAGCAUCGCCAUCUGAAAUCCGCCGAUAGUUUUCCAGGCGAGUUCCCGAUUAGUGAAGGACUGGAGUAUAGUUCCCUGGCAACGGCAAAACAUCACUCACGCAUUCCUUCAGUGAGGACCUCGGUGCGACCAUUUUCUGACCUGUAA